AUGCAAAAGGCAGUAGAUAGAGCUAUUAAAGCUAUCUUAAAUAAGCAAAAAAUAUGUAUAUUUGCCGAUUAUGACGUCGAUGGUGCUACUUCGUCAGCAUUACUUAAAAAUGUUUUCAAAGAUUUAAAUAUUGUUUGUGAUAUUUAUGUCCCUGAUCGUAUAGCUGAAGGGUACGGUCCUACUCCUUCUGCUAUGCAAAAAAUUAAAGAUAACGGCACUGAAUUAUUAAAAACAGUUGAUUGUGGGGUGAUGGCUCAUGAAGCCUUGAAAUACGCAAAGGAUGCAGGGCUUGACGUAAUCGUUAUUGAUCAUCAUAUAGCUAUUGAAAUAUUACCUGAAGCGGUAGCUAUAGUGAAUCCGAAUCGUGUUGAUGAGACAAGUGAAUGUAAACAUCUUGCAGCUGUAGGGGUUGCUUUUUUAUUUGCAACUGGGAUAUUAUCAGAUUUAAAGAAGCAAAAUUAUUUUGAGAAAACUCUUCCGCCUAAUUUGAUAAAAUAUUUGGAUUUGGUGGCUCUUGGUACUGUGUGCGAUAUGGUAAAGCUUAUUGGGUUAAACCGUGCUUUUGUAUCGAGCGGCUUAAAAAUAAUGCAUCAAAGGCAAAAUAUCGGCAUUAAAACGUUAUAUGAUAUGGCAGGGCUUAAUGAAAUCCCAAAAUGUUAUCAUUUAGGUUUUAUUUUAGGUCCGGGUAUUAAUGCUGGCGGUAGAGUAGGAAAAUCAAGUUUAGGUGCUAAUCUAUUAUCUACUAAUAGCUCUAAUGAAGCUCUUAAAUUAGCUGAGGAGCUUGAGAAGCAUAAUAAUGAACGUAAAGUCAUUGAAAUGCUGAUGAUAGAAGAAGCAAUGGAAAUGGCUAAGACGCAGCAAGAUAAUAGUUUGUUAUUUAUUGUUAAAGAAGGAUGGCAUCCUGGUGUUAUAGGUAUUGUUGCAGGAAGACUUAAAGAGAAAUUUGAUAAACCAGUAGCAGUUAUAGCCUUAAAUGACGGGAUCGGUAAAGCAUCAUGUCGUUCUAUUUUAGGUGUUGAUUUUGGGGCUGAGAUUAUUAAUGCUAAAGUCAAAAAUUUACUAAUUGCUGGCGGAGGACACGCCAUGGCAGCAGGUUUUACAGUAGUUGCCGAAAAAAUACAAGAAUUACAAGAAUUUUUAAAUAACGCUUUUAGAAUUAGUCUAAAUAGACUAGAAAAUUAG